AUAGAUAGAUACAUAUAUAGAUAGAUAAUUAAGCAAUAAGCAUGCACUGGGAUUAAUUUGAAUAUUAAUUUAAUCCAAGUUUGAAAAUACGUACAUUACUUUGUUUAUUUUUUUGUGUAUAUAUAAGAAGGGAGACCGUGCGGUAAAGGGUUGAGGAUCAGGAGUUAUAUAUGUUUCUCAAGCAAAGCAAGGUUGGGAAUUAAGGCAUGUUGAAAAUGCCUACCCCUUCAUGUGCUGUAGGUUUAGAAGAAAAGAUCAGUUUUGAAUCUGUUUUUGCUCACCAGAUCAGCAGCCAAGAUCAGGCUGCGGCUAGACAUGAGAUACUGAUCAUGAAGUUUUGACAACACUUCAAAUACUUUCGAGGAAUGAAUGGCCGGAGAAUUGUACAACGUUCAAACCAGAAAAGAAUUGCAUGAGGUCAUGAGUAACUUGAACCAAUCUUCACCCGGCUGUAAGAACUGGGGAAAUCAUGGCAAAGAGGACAUUGAACUUGAAUCUGCCAAAGCUGAAAUGGGAGAGGUCAAAGAAGAAAAUGAAAGAUUAAAAAUGAUGUUAGAGAAAAUUGAGAAGGAUUAUCAAUAUCUACAAUUGAGUUUCUUUGACAUCAUUAAACAAGAAGCUGCUUCAAAGAGAUGUACAGAGUCAGCUCCCUCACAUGAACAAAUUGAAGAAUCUCAUGAAUUAGUAACUCUUUGUCUCGGAAGAAGUCCGAGAGAGCUGAAAAGAGACGAGAAAGGUUGCAACAACCGGCCUUGCAAUAGCAAAACUAUUAAAGAUUUAGAAUGGAAGGACAACCUUAAUCUUGGAUGGGAGUCUACGGAGCUUGCUUCUGAUCCAAGCUCAAAAGAGCCUAAUAAACAAAUCGUUGUAGCUGGAGACACAAGGCCACCAAGUAAAACUUUGAAAACAAUGAGAAAUGGAGAUGACGAAAUUUCACAACAAACCCAUGUGAAGAGAGCUAGGGUUUCUGUGAGAGCUAGAUGUGAUACUCCAACGAUGAAUGAUGGAUGCCAAUGGAGGAAAUAUGGACAGAAAAUAUCGAAAGGAAACCCAUGCCCUCGAGCAUACUAUCGUUGCACAGUUGCACCUGAAUGCCCUGUAAAAAAAAAGGUGCAAAGAUGUGUUGAGGACACGUCCAUCUUGAUCACCACCUAUGAAGGAACCCACAACCACCCCCUUUCAACGUCAGCCACAGCUAUGGCUUCCACCACUUCGGCUGCUGCUUCUAUGCUAUUAUCUGGCUCAUCUAUAUCUGAACCUGGCCUCGGUUCAAUGACCACUACGAUUGCUGAUCCUAUACUCAAUGCAUUUAAUCUAAAUCUCUUGGAUAACUCGAGAGCAAAACGAUUUUACUUGCCCAACUCUUCUUCAACGCCCCUUUUCCCUACCGUCACUCUGGACCUCAAUGCCUCUCCAUCCCCUCCACAUACUCUUUUUAAUAGAUCAUCUUCAAGCUUUGUUUCAAACCCAAAAUUUCCUUCAAGAAGUCUUAGCUUCUCAUCCUCAGAACUUGUCACACCAACGGGUUGGGGCAGUGGAUACCGUGGUUACACUGCAGAACCCUACAACCAAACCCACACUGGAUUCCUAAAUCCAGGAAAACAAUCCCAAGAACAUUUCUACCAAUCGUAUUUGGAAAAGAACCACCUAGCUUCCUCUCAAGAGUCCUUAACUGAAACCUUGACCAAAGCAAUUGCGUCAGACCCAACUUUCAGGUCGGCAAUUGCAUCUACAAUUUCAUCAAUGGUAGGAGGUGGUGCAACUCAUGAUAACCAAGGUGGAGUAGAGAGAUUAUGCCAAAAGCCGAAGUGGGGUGAAUCAGUUCAGGCUGUUUAUCCUGAUCCAUCAGCUCAAAAUGGGAAAGCAUGCGCAACAAGCUACUUCAACAGAUUUUCAUUGCCAUUAUCCGUCUCCAAGAGUACUUCUGCAUCCUCCACCACUGGCAUCACUAUGCACCGGCCCGACCCGAAUUUGGGCAUUCCGACCCAAACCGAACAUGACCACUUCCGCAAGACUUCUCCGUUCCACACUUCCUAAACCCUUUUUCCGAAAGGAAACAGAACUUGAAUGGAAUCGGAUUUCUUAGGCACUAGCUGUACGUGCGAGCUGUGAGGAUCGGUCAAUCUCAUUUCUCCAAGUUCGGUCGUCUACCGCUUAUUACAACUGCAGCCAACUAAGAUUUAGAAGCGGCUGUUUUGGAAAUUAGAACAUGUUCGGCGAACAUGAUCAGUAAAUUACCACUUCUAAUUUUGGAACAAAUAUUUUCUGUUUCCAGUGUGUUCAUGAAGUCUUAUCUUCAGUUAAUUUAGUUUGCUGUCAAGUUUCGUCUUCUGACGUUUCCAGUAUGUGUACAGUUGAGAUCUUAAGAGUUGUCGUGCAUGCUCUUGAACUAAACUGCAUGUUGUCUUGUUUUCAAUAAUUGUAAGCACUUUCAUUGAUUUAAAUUAAGGCAAAAUUGAU